UAUGUUUGCUCUCUGUCUUUGUUUUAUUUCAGUAUGUCUCCCGAAUUAUGUUUUUGAUCACACAGCUUCUCCACCUUAUAUUUCUUUUUCUCUUAUUUUUUUUGUAUGAAUGGUUGAAACAACCAUUGUGCUUCAUUUUAAUACAAUUCUUUGGUUUAUAAAAAAAAAUGAAUGACUAAUUUUUAACAUAACCUACUGCAAAACUUCCCUAGUUUCCAAGAUUUAAAUUUGAUUAUGAAAAUAGAUCAAACAUCCAAUUAAUAGUUAUUUUCAUAUGCUUUGUACACAGGACCCAGAUACUAAUAAUUGGUGGAUGCAAUUUGGUGAGAAGAACAUUGGUUAUUGGCCAGCAGAGCUAUUUGAAUCAAUACGUUACAAUGCAGCAUCAGUGGAGUGGGGUGGUGAAGUUUACAGCACAAGCAUUGGGAAAACUCCUCACACUGGAACAGACAUGGGUUGUGGAAGAUUUGCUACUGAUAAGUUAGAAGCGGCUUCAGUGACGAGGAUUAGAAUUCAUGACAAUUCUGCCAUGUGGAAGUUCCCUGAAUGGGUUUAUGAAUACUCAGAUGAAUAUCGUUGUUAUGAUGUUUGGUACGUUGGAGAUUACGUUGAAGAUCCUCUGUUAUAUUUUGGAGGGCCUGGUAGAAACCCAAUGUGCCCAUAGAAGAGGGUUUUCUUGAAUGAUGAUACCAUUUCUUGGCUGUUUUAUUUGAGAAAUUUUGUGGGUUUUUGUUUAAUUUCCAAAGUUAUUUAGAUGAAAAUUUGGAAGUGCCUAAGUUUAGAAAAUUACAGGUUUAAUGGUUUGGUUGGUGGACAAGAUAAUGAGACAUGAUAUGAUAUACUUUAAUC